AUGGGCUCUUUAUCGAUUGCAGUUUUCUGCCUCCUGGCAAUCGCCUGCACAUUCGACACCACAAGUGCAACAUUCGGCAAAAAAGAACAUGUACACAUUCGUGUUCAUGUGCCAACCAUCGUGAAGGAAGUCUACGUAAAAAAACCAGUUCACCAUCACGAACACCAUGAUGAUCAUUAUUCUGGUCACAGCGACCAUGGCAGUUCAUCUGGUGGUUACGGAGGAUCCUCCAGUAGUUAUGGUAGUGGUGGAGAUGAUUCGUUUAGUGGUCAUGGAACUUCUGGUAUUUAUGAUUCUGGAUCAGGUGGACAUGGUGGUAGUAGCUAUGACGAUAGUUCAUCAAGCAGUUACAGUAGUGGACCUUCUUCGGCCGAUGAAUAUAGUUCCAGCGAUCAUGGAUCAGGUGGAUAUGGCGGAUCAUCCGGUGGUCAUGGUGGUUUAUCAGUAGGAUUCGAUGGAUCUUCCGGUGGAUAUGGUGGUUCAUCAGGAGGAUAUGGUGGAUCUUCCGGUGGCCAUAGUGACUUAUCAGGAGGAUUCGGAGGAUCUUCCGGUGGAUAUGGUGGUUCAUCAGGAGGAUAUGGUGGAUCUUCUGGUAGUCAUGGUGGCUUAUCAGGAGGAUUCGGUGGAUCUUCCGGCGGAUAUGGUGGUUCAUCAGGAGGAUAUGGUGGAUCUUCCAGUGGUCAUGGUGACUUAUCAGGAGGAUUCGGAGGAUCUUCCGGUGGAUAUGGUGGUUCAUCAGGAGGAUAUGGUGGAUCUUCUGGUAGCCAUGGUGGCUUAUCAGGAGGAUUCGGUGGAUCUUCCGGUGGAUAUGGUGGUUCAUCAGGAGGAUAUGGUGGUUCAUCAGGAGGAUAUGGUGGUUCAUCAGGAGGAUUCGGUGGAUCUUCCGGUGGAUAUAGCAGUUCAUCAGGGGGAUAUGGUGGAUCUUCCGGUGGCCACGGUGGUUCGUCAGGAGGUUACAGUGGUGGUUCCUUAGGAAGCUAUGGAAGCUCUUCAGGAAAAUAUGGUGGUUCUUCAAGUGGAAUUUUAUUCAGUGGAUAUUCUGCUAGUAAUCACAAAGGAUCAUCUGGUGGACAUGGUGGAAGCUCAUCCGGAGGAUAUGGUGGAAGUUCAUUUGGAGGACACGGAGGAAGCUCAUCUGGAGGAUAUGGUGGAAGUUCUGGAGGUGGAUAUGGCGGUAGUUCAUUAGGUGGACACGGAGGAAGCUCAUCUGGAGGAUAUGGUGGAAGUUCAGGAGGUGGAUAUGGUGGUAGUUCAUUAGGUGGACACGGUGGAAUUUCUUCUGGAGGAUAUGGAGGAAGUUCAGGAGGUGGAUAUGGUGGAAGUUCAUUUGGAGGACACGGAGGAAGCUCAUCUGGAGGAUAUGGUGGAAGUUCAUUUGGAGGACACGGAGGAAGCUCAUCUGGAGGAUAUGGUGGAAGUUCAGGAGGUGGAUAUGGCGGUAGUUCAUUAGGUGGACAUGGUGGAAGUUCUUCUGGAGGAUAUGGAGGAAGUUCAGGAGGUGGAUAUGGAGGUAGUUCCUUUGGCGGACUCGGAGGAAGUACUUCUGGAGGAUAUGGAGGAAGUUCAGGAGGUUUUGGAGGCUACUCGGGUGGUAGUGAUCAUGGUUCCAGCUCUGGUGGAGACACUUAUUCAGCUCCGGGACAGGAUAGCUAUGGACCAGCAGGGGAGAGUUUUCCUUAUACUAAAAAAUGA